AUGCCAACACACCAGGUUGGGAGAAUAGAUGAGCGACUCCUGAACAAUACAAGAAGACUUGAAACAGCCACCAUGAAUUUCGUUUCACCUUUGUCUCUGUGGUUCCUUGCGGUGGCACUUUUGGCAUUCGUGCCAAAAACUGAGAGCAUUACAGCAGCACAAAAACAAGCGAUAAAAAAAGGUCUUGCGACUGGAAAAGAAAUUCUAGAUAUCAUCAAAGAGCAAGACUUUAAAAAGUUUUUAACAAAAACAGUUGCUUCAAAUAUUAAGAGUUUCCUUGGCGCAUUGGGUCCAUUUAUUGGUCUUGUCAUGACAUUUGUCCCAUCAGCAGAUUCGGAAGAGUUGAAAUUAAUGAAAACUAUGAUGAAGGAAAUUGACACCCAGUUCGACCGAGUAGAUAGCCGCUUCAAUGAUGUUGAACGAUUAAUCAAGUGGACUGAAACAGCUGUUCAAUUUGGAGAAAUACAAACAGCACUCACGGCAUUGCAGGAAGAAUAUCGACUUCUUUAUAUCAGUUCAGCACCAGACGAAAAUGUAAAGUACUUAUAUAUAAAGAGCUACGAAAGCAAUUAUAAGCUUGCUGGAACAAAAUUGUACCAAGCACUAGUUACCCCAGGAGGCUACUUUAACGAAAAUCUUGGAGAAGCGGUUAUGCGUUACACAAAAAAUGACCGCAGGAAGACGAAUGUCUUUCUUCUUGGAAUUUAUGAAAUGAUCUUACAAGCAGUGAAACUAGAAAGUGCGUAUUACAAAAUGAAUUCUUUUGAGAUUAUACAAGAAGAAAGGGAUAAAGAAUGGGAAAGUAGAUUAGAGAGUAUAAGACUGAAAAUCGAGAGGUUCGACGUCGAUGUCAAGUAUAAGUACUAUUCCCAAUCUAGAGAAGAAAUAAUAGCGUAUGCCAGGGACAAUUCUGGAAUGAGUAAUGAACAAUUUAGUAGCGAGGUGUACGAUUUAUUAUUCGACAAGUAUUAUUGGCGGGAGUGGUUUGUUUUAAUUUACAAUCCGAUAAUUGGUUCAGAUAAGCAUCGUAUGAAUACACCAUGUGGUGGACAUAUACUGCUUCGACAAAACGGCCGUAACAUCGUAAUUGCAAGUCAAGAAAAUACCACUGAGGCAAUGGAUGUUGAAAAAGCGCAUGUUAUUUUGGUAAAGUUAAUAAUUGAUGAUAGCGUUGGUAAUACGCAAAUAUCUUUCAAUGCUGAAGAGGUAUACUAUAGAGUUGAUAAAUCAAUUGCUUGUAGCUUUGCUGUCGUACGGAAAGAUGCAGGUGUAUCUUACAAGGCCAAUCCGUCAAGAGUAGUCCAAAUUGAUUACUCCACGUUCAAAAUCUUUAUGUUUGGUUAA